AUGAAGAUCAGCAAGGCCGUGCCCCUCCUCCUCCUGCCGCUCGCAGCAGCGCGUCCCACCCCGCGUGGCGAGCUCAGCACUGGCGUUGAAGCGCGCGAUGGAGUCUACCCCGCGCAGCACCGUCGCCAGGACGGCGAGCCAGGCAAGAAGGGCGCUGAUGGCGCGUCCGGUGACGAGGCAGCUUCUGCCACCAACGCAGACAACAGCGGGGACGACAGCAAGGACAACACCGACAGCGGCAGCGCAGGCCAGGCAGGCACGGACGGCGAAGACGGCAAAGUCAGCGACGAUGUCCCUCCCAUCUCGCACGACGACAACGCGGACAACACUGCCAAUGGCAACCUCGGCUCGUCGGGCUCAGACGGCCAGAAGGGAGCAGACGGCCAGAAGGGAGCAGACGGAGCUAGUGGCGCGGACGGCGAAGACGGCAAAGUCACCGACUCUGUCGCCCCCAUCUCGCACGACGACAAUGCGGACAACACCGCCAACGGCAACUUUGGCAAGUCGGACAACCCGACCGACAACUCUGCCGACGUGGUCCCCGACAAUGCCAACACUGGCUCGGCGGACGACAGCAAGAAGGCCGCCGACGGGGCCAAGGGGGCCGACGGUGCCGACGGCAAGGCUGGAGCUGCUGGCGGCGCUGGCACCGACGGCAAGGCUGGAUCUCCUGGCAAGGCUGGCGCCGACGGGGCCAAGGGAGCUGAUGGCAAGGCCGGAGCUGCUGGUAGCCCCGGAAAGGCUGGUACCGACGGCUCCAGGGGAGCUAAUGGAAAGCCUGGAGCUGCUGGAUCUCCUGGCAAAGCUGGCACCGCUGGGUCCAAGGGAGCUGAUGGCAAACCUGGUUCUGCUGGCGCCGAUGGCAAGGCCGGGUCUCCGGGCAAGUCUGGGGCUGAUGGAGCCAAGGGAGCUGAUGGCAAACCUGGUUCCGCUGGUAGCCCGGGCAAGGCCGGCACCGAUGGAGCCAAGGGAGCUGAUGGCAAGCCUGGAUCUCCAGGCAAGUCUGGCUCGGAUGGCUCCAAGGGAGCUGAUGGCAAGCCUGGUGCUGCUGGUAGCCCGGGCAAGGCUGGGGCUGAUGGAGCUAAGGGGGCUGAUGGCAAGCCUGGCGCUGCUGGUUCUGCUGGGUCUCCUGGCAAGUCCGGCAGCGACGGCUCCAAGGGAGCUGAUGGCAAGCCCGGCGCUGCUGGCUCCGCUGGUUCUGCUGGCGCGGACGGCAAGCCUGGCAGCGCUGGUGCUCCUGGCAAGGCCGGAAGCGACGGUGCCAAGGGGUCUGAUGGCUCCGCGGGCCAGAAGGGCGCCGACGGAGCUGCGGGCUCGGCUGGCAGCCCCGGCAAGGCCGGCAGCGACGGGGCCAAGGGGGCUGAUGGCGCCGCUGGCAAGUCGGGUAGCGACGGCAGCAAGGGGUCCGACGGGUCCGCUGGCAAGUCCGGCAGCGACGGAGCAAAGGGCUCUGAUGGCUCCGCCGGCAAGUCUGGCAGCGAUGGCGCCGCGGGCAAGAAGGGCGCUGACGGCGCUCCCGGCGCGAACGGCAAGCGCCUCGUCGUUGCGCCGCGUGCCGAGAACUCGACCGCCCCGGUGGCCGGCGGCGCCGUGCCGAGCGUGAGCGGCGGCGCGAGCCUGCCGGCGACGGCGAGCGUGUCUGCCCCUGCGACCGCGAGCGCGAGCCACAAGCCGAGCGGUGGCAGUGCUCUCGCCGCGGCGCCGGUGCUUGCCGUCGCUGCGCUCGUUGGCGUCGCGCUGCUCGUGUAA